AUGAGUGAAGAAAAGACUGAUUCAUCACUUCUUACACCAGGAGGUGUGUGGACCGACAGAAAACCUUCAUUUAGAAGGACUCUUGGUUCAUUGUUCAGAAGAUCAAUGUUAUUGAAAAUUAGAGAUAUGGGUGUCAUUGCAUCAGAAUUUAUUGCAACAUUUCUUGUAGUAAUAUUGAUUGUAUUCUGGAACUUUUCAGAUAACCCAUCGGAUCCAAUUACCAAAACAGAAAUUUUAUCAUCAGAUGAAUUAUUUGGAAAUGCCGUUUUGAAGUAUAAUAUGGUUGUUGAACUCGGUAAAGGUGGAAACUUGAUUAUUGGUCCUAAUAGUUCGCCAUUGUUGCACCAAUUAAUUAACAGUACAUGGGGAGCAGCACUCAUACCAUUAAUUGAUUUUGAUAAGUUAAAAGAAACUGGAAAUCUCCAAAAGAGCAUUAAAGAUUGGGUAAACGUUUCAGAAAAAUACCAUUGGUUAGAUAAUAAAGAUGAAAUCAAGGAAUCCAUUAAGGAAUCGGAUAGUUUUACAACAGGAAUUUGGUGA